AUGGUCAAACACAGAGGUCUUGCUAUCAAAGAACACCGAACAAAGACACAAAUCCGAAAGGAAAAGAAAAAGCAAAAGAGACAAUAUCAAUUAAAAAGUAGCACCGGAAAAGUAUGGCAACGUGAAUUGACACCAAAAUUCAACUAUGCUCGUGUCGGUUUGACUGCCAAUCCAAAUAUGGUUGAAGAGGAAGUGCAAGAAAUAAAGGAGACAUUACCCGUCGAGCAAGAGCCCCAGAAAUUGGAAGAAAUCAAGAGCAACAAACAACAAUUUAAAUCAAGAUUAUGUUAUAUUGUUCAUGAAUCGGAACGAAAAACGCUUCAAAAUUUGAUUGAUACCUACGGAGAUGAUUAUAAAGCCAUGGCGUGGGACACGGAACGAAAUUAUCUUCAAUGGACGCCAAAACAAUUAGAAAAGAAAAUUGCAAAAUAUCGAAAAUAUUUGGAACAAUUGGAAUUUGAGGCCAAGACGAAAACAGGUGUUAAAGGUCCAGUGCAACCAAAGAAGCAGUACAAACAUGCUCUCCGAGAGGGUGACAGAUAUCAAUAUCACAACGAAACUGACGUAUUUUUCUAA